GAAAAUGGCCGAAGCGGAUCUCAGGCUCGCCGGAAGAUCCGGGUGCUGCUGCACUUGAACAUAAACAGCAAUGGCGGAGGCAGCGGCGGCGGCGGUAGCGUCUACCGCAGCUCCGGCGACAACAACGGGAGGCUGGACCAAACACGUUACCUGCAGGUAUUUCAUGCACGGUCUUUGCAAAGAGGGGGACAACUGUCGAUACUCGCAUGACCAAAGCAGCAGCAAGCCAGCCAUGAUCUGCAAGUUCUUUCAGAAAGGAUGCUGCGCGUUUGGAGACCGCUGCAGGUAUGAACACACCAAACCAGCCAAGCAAGAGGAGCUCCCUGGCCCCAUGCCCUCGGUGCUGCUUCCCGCUGCCCCCCUCACCCUUGCUGGUGACUCUGGGUCCAUGCCCAGUGGGCCAGCUGGCAUGUCCAAAGCCCGGGAAAGGCCCCACAGCUCCGGGGGAGUGGACUGGGUCAAUGCCGCCGAGUUUGUGCCAGGCCAGCCCUACUGCGGAAGGGCAGAUCCUGUGAUUGUGGAUUGUCCAGGGCCUCUCAUCGAGGAUGAGUAUGAAAAGGAACAAACCAACAAGGAGCUGAAGAAGCAGCUGUGCCCGUAUGCAGCUGUUGGUGAGUGCCGCUACGGCCUCAACUGUGCCUAUCUGCACGGGGACGUGUGCGACAUGUGCGGCCUGCAGGCGCUCCAUCCGUCCGACACUGCUCAGCGCUCUCAGCACAUCAGAGCGUGCAUCGAGGCCCAUGAGAAGGACAUGGAGAUCUCGUUCGCUAUCCAGCGCAGUAAAGACAUGAUGUGUGGCGUGUGCAUGGAGGUGGUGUUCGAGAAGGCCAAUCCCAGCGAGCGUCGCUUCGGCAUCCUCUCCAACUGCAACCACUGCUACUGCCUCAAAUGCAUCCGCAAGUGGAGGAGUGCCAAGCAGUUUGAGAGCAAGAUCAUAAAGUCCUGCCCAGAGUGUCGAAUCACGUCCAACUUUGUCAUCCCAAGCGAGUACUGGGUGGAGGACAAGGAGGAAAAGCAGAAUCUCAUUCAGAAGUACAAGGAUGGCAUGGGGAGUAAGCCCUGUCGAUAUUUUGAUGAGGGCCGUGGAACUUGUCCAUUUGGAGCUAAUUGCUUCUACAAGCAUGCCUUCCCUGAUGGACGCCUCGAGGAGCCUCAGCCUCAGUCCCAAAACCAGCGAAGGCAGAAUGGCUCCAACGCAAGGAACAGAGGCUCGAGGCGCACGCCGCUCUGGGAUCUGCUCGAUGAACGGGAAAGCAGCGACUCCUUGGACAACGACGAUGAGGAGAUGGUAACGUUUGAGCUGAGCGAGAUGCUGCUUAUGCUUCUGGCGGCAGGAACCGACGAAGACGUCACCGACUCUGAAGACGAGUGGGACUUAUUUCACGAGGAGCUGGACGAUUACUAUGAGCUCUACCUAUAGCACCCCGUCGUUACUCCCUUCUUUCCCUCUCUCCCUCUCUAAUCUUUCCUGCCACCAUCAAUUACUCCUCACCCCCUCCCCUUACUAGAAGCUAGACUGUGUGAGUGAUGGACAGUAGCUUAUAUUUCUCCGUGUUGUGGCAGUGCCUUUCAGCAGGCCGUUAAACUUAUGAAUUCAGUUCAAAGUAAAAUGAAUUAUUCUAUACAUAUAUCUAUCUAUAUAAAAAUCAGAUUUAAAAAAAAAAAAAAAAAAAAAAAGGAAGAA